AUCAGCAUGGUGGUAACUGCCACACAUUUGUCCCAUGACAGGGCAGAGAUGAAAAUCCUAGAAAUCAACCAGGAAUUGCGCUCCCAGCUGGCAGAGAGCCAACAGCAGUUUGAAGACCUCAAGGAAAAAUUUCUUAUAAGUCAGGCUACUGCCUACUCUCUGGCCAAGCAACUAAAGAAAUAUGGGAGUGAAGAGGACAAAGACAUCAUAGACUCUGUGCUGAGGGAUGAAGUGCAGUUCAUAGAGGAGAAGCUGGCAGAGAAGCUCAGGCAAGCUGAGGAGCUCAGGCAAUAUAAAGCCCUGAUUCACUCUCAGGCAAAAGAGCUGACCCAGUUACGGGAGAAGUUACGGGAAGGGAGAGAUGCCUCCAGCUCACUGAAUCAGCAUUUAAAGGCCCUCCUCACUCCUGGUGACCCUGACAAGUCCCAGGGUCAGGACCUCCGAGAGCAGCUGGCUGAGGGGCACAGGCUGGCACAGCGUCUUGUCAACAAGCUCAGCCCAGAAAGUGAUGAAGAUGAAGAUGACGAUGUUACAGAUGAGGAGGUUGAGAAAGGACAGGAAAUACCUGCCCCCAGGGAGGUACAGAGGGCUGAGGAAAAGGAAGUCCCUCAGGACUCACUGGAGGAAUGUGCUGUCCCUCGUUCAAACAGCCACGGCGCUUCUGACUGCAACCAGCCUCACAGGAGCACCAAAGUCACAUUUGAGGGAGACAAAGUCGACCCUGCUCUGGUUGUAGACAGUGAAUUUUCUCAGGAUGAAGAGGAGGAAGCUCCAAACAUUCUCCCAGGAAAUCAAAAGGAUCCGGAGGAAGAGGAAGGGGAAGCACCAGUGCCCCCCAGGAACCCACAAUCAGUUGAGCCAGGUGAACUGACCAAGCUCAGGGAUUUCCUGAUCUCACCUCAUGUCUGCCUCUUUGGCAUUACCAUGUUUGCAAUUUCCCACAGGGAUCCGUCCAUCUCCUUCCUCCCCAGCUCAUUGUCUGCCCAGUGCACUGAGCACCUGCCGCUCUGUCUCCUGCUUGAGACAGGGAAGGAUGUUUAUGAAGGCACUGUAUUGGCUCCCUCUGGGCUCUCCUGUGGUCCUCCCUAUGGAACCAGCGGGACACAGUGGUUUUGGUCCUGUCCAAUAUUCAUCUUUUGUCUUCUUUACUCCAGACUGAGCCAGGAGCUGCUGCAGGAGAAAGAGCAGGAAGUCCCAGAAGACUCCUUGGAUGAAAUUUACUUGACUCCUUCAGUUCAAUGUGACCCGUCUUACUGCCACCAGCCUUAUAGCAGCACCUUGUCCUCAUUGGAUGAUCAGCUCACAUGCUCUGCUCUGGAUGUAGCCUCUCCCACCCAGGAGACCUGUCCCCAAGGGACUUGCAGUGGAGACUGGAGCUACUACCUGUCAGAGGUUCAGGCUUCACAGACACAUCUGGAAUCAAGUGCCCAGUUGCCCACUUCUUUGGGACUAGAGCUGGAUCAAGGGAUCGACUGUGGGAAUGACUUAGCCAGGCAGGGCCUUUCCUCCACCACCUGCAGCUUCACAGCCAAUGCUGAUUCUGGGAACCAAUGUCCCUUUCAAGAGCUGGUUUUAGAGCCCUCUGUUGGGUUGAAGAACCCUCCGCAGCUGGAAGAUGAUGCACUCGAAGGUUCCACGGACAACACACAAGGGCGUCAAGUCAUUGGCCACAUUCAUGCCUCAAGUGGUUGGAAACUCAAGAUGAUUAAAAGAAAACUCCGGGCCAGCAAGUGGAUUCCCUGGCCUUCACGCUUAGGGUGCAGAGUCUUGGGAGUUCCCCUCACAGCCACAGGAGAGCCAGACCUCCUUGUCCUCAUCCACAUCCACAGUUUAAGCUGCUGA